AUGGACGACCCAAAUUCGAGCCUUUUCAUCAUCGGCGGCUUGUUUUUGGAACCCACAGUUUCCAAUUCUCUGCUCAAUUCCGUAGUGUCGUUCCGGAAGUCUUCUUCUGCUGUCGUUUCCGGGUCUGGUUCGUCGUAUGGGUUUAGGCUGAGAGCGGUGGCUGGAGGUGGGUUCUUGUCGGUGAGCUUGAAAAGCGAUGGGGUUGUACGGGACUCCAAAGGGUGUUUGUUGCAGAACGGAGAUGAGGGUUCGGAGGAGGCGGUGGUUGAAGAGAUGAGGACAGAGAAAGUUGGGAUUAGGGGAGGUAGAGCUAUGAACACCACCAAGCAUUUGUGGGCUGGUGCUAUAGCCGCCAUGGUUUCCAGAACUUUUGUUGCACCUCUUGAGAGACUAAAGCUGGAAUAUAUAGUUCGUGGAGAACAGAGGCAUCUAUUCGAGCUGGUUAAGUCAAUUGCGGUUUCUCAGGGCUUGAGGGGCUUUUGGAAGGGAAACUUAGUCAAUAUUCUUCGUACAGCUCCAUUUAAAGCAAUCAAUUUCUAUGCUUAUGAUACUUACAGAAAACAAUUGCUCCGCUUCUCCGGAAAUAAGGAGACUACAAAUUUUGAGAGGUUUGUUGCUGGUGCUGCAGCUGGAAUUACUGCUACCAUACUCUGCUUACCUCUUGACACAAUUCGGACUAAGUUGGUGGCUCCUGGUGGGGAAGUCUUGGGUGGUGUAAUUGGUGCUUUCCGCCACAUGAUCCAAACUGAAGGGUUCUUUUCACUUUAUAAGGGCUUGGUACCCUCCAUCGCAAGCAUGGCACCUUCAGGUGCAGUUUUCUAUGGUGUCUAUGAUAUAUUAAAAACAGCUUAUCUGCAUUCACCAGAUGGAAGGAAAAGAAUUCAAAAGAUGAGCCAACAAGGGCUGGGCCUGAAUGCUUUCGACCAGCUGGAGCUGGGACCCGUUAGGACAUUACUUUAUGGAGCUAUUGCUGGUGCUUGUGCAGAAGCUGCCACAUAUCCGUUUGAAGUGGUGAGGAGACAGCUGCAAUUGCAAGUCCAGGCAACUAAAAUGAGUGCCUUGGCAACUUGUAUGAAAAUAGUGGAACAUGGAGGUGUCCCAGCUCUUUAUGCAGGACUUGUUCCCAGCUUGUUACAGGUACUUCCCUCAGCUGCAAUAAGUUACUUCGUUUAUGAGUUCAUGAAGAUUGUUCUCAAGGUAGAAUGA